GCAGCUGCCAUUCACAAGCUCGUUGUCAGUGUAGUUCAACCCAAAUCUCAAGGUUCCUGUUGCCAGACAAGAUCUUGUGCUGGGGGUGAUCCAUAGGAAUUGCUACUGUGUGAGUUGGCAGUAGGGAAUAUUGCUGGGUGGGGUGAGCAUGUUCUUUUCUCGAGAACUUGGGAGCCUUUCUGCUGUGGCAGUCCUUUGUGGAAUGAAGAACGGGGACUUAAUUCUGGGUUUGCUGCUUAACAAGCCAGGCAACGCCUAUGACUUGUGAAUUCAACACUAAUUGUGGAAUUUCUCUACCCAUUUUUCCCCCUAGGAGAUAUAAGCUGUUAGGAAAAUAAGAAGAAAAAUGGAGCAUUUGUGUGUGUUGUGUUUAAAUUUUGGGCAGUUGAAAGUGUGGUUGCAAAUCAAUCCAUGCAUUUCAUUGAGUCAUAAAAUGCCCUUUAGUAUAUAUUAUUUGCUAGCCUGGACUUUAUUUGCACAAACCUCAUACAGUUAUUUGUAUUGUUUGCAAUAACCUUUCAAAAUGUUAAGAAUCCUCAUUACUGCUUUACGUUUUUCAUUUCAAUUAGGGUGUUCUCUGUGAACCCUCUUCUGGUUCCUGACCCCCUCAGCCUGUGCAGUUAGAACAGCUUAUGUGAUCAGUAAAGGUUUUCCAAAGUGAGUCGUGACUAGGUGCUGGCCACACUUGGUGAAGUUUGUCUUUAAUCAAACACACAGCUCCUGUAUACACUGCAUUUCUUCUGGAUAUUUUUGUUAACAUAAACCAUGACAUUUUAUUCCUCUUUUCUCUUGAGGGCAAGUUAGUCCUUUCACACAGAGCAACCCUCAGCACUGGCAGACCUUUCUCUCCAGUCUUUGCCGAGGCUUCAUUUCACUGCGGCUCCACCUCUGGUUUGCCGGCUCUCUCAGUUCUCCAUUGCUGAGUUUUUCUUUGUCCGGUUUCCCAUCUACGUGUUUUGGUUACAUUUCAGCGCUCUGAACGAGUGGUUUAGAGAGCAGUUGGAGGCACGGCGUGCACCACUUCCUGCCUCUGCAGUCCCUGUGGCUGUCACGCAGCUCGCCUGGUCACCAUCUGCAGCUCUGGGCUCGAACGUGGGACGUGCCACCGCAGCCGGGCUGCCCUCUGCUUCUGAGAAGGCGUUUGAGUUUGCAGUUCCUUGUUUGCAGGACGCCUUGCAGAGAAGGUUGAGAUAGUCCCUCAGCUGCCACAAAGAGCAAAAUGUGUGGAGUAGCUUGUGUGGGUGCUCUGUUGUAUCUUAAUUUCCUUUAAUGGGGAGGGAAAGACCAGUUUGAGCCUGGCCUGGUUUCCAGUGUGUGUUGCAUCAUGUGCCUGUUGGACUGACAGGUAAAAAGGCAAGUUGAGACUGAAGAGUGGUUUCUGACAGCCAGCUUACCUUGUAUAGUUGUUGUCCUGGGGCCAUCUUACAGAAGUCUACCCUGUGAAGUUUUUGAAGUUCUGCAUUCAGAAUUCAUAUCUGAAAACCUUGGCUGUAGGACUUGGAGAUAUAUUUGCUAAUUUAUAUUCUAGCAGCUCUGAUUGACAUGUGUGCUGAUUAUGUUUAUUAGUUUACUAGUCUUGUAAGUCUAGUGGUAAGCACAUGGAAUUAUGGAUGCUUUCACUGGCAUCAAUAUUCGUAAGUAGUUACCAGCAGAGCUCUCCAGACAGGAAGCUGUACUGCAGACUGGCAGAAUAGGAAGAUCUAGAGAGAAAAGAGAUGGCUGUUCCUUCCUACGUUUAAGUAGGCUUUGGGUUUUGUGCUCAUGAUUUAACAGAUACCUUUUUCUUUAUGCAGGGCUGUAAUCGAAGUACAAGAUGGCAAAAACCAGCCAUAGCAACUAUGUCCUUCAGCAGCUAAACAAGCAAAGAGAGUGGGGCUUUCUGUGCGACUGCUGCAUCGCUAUCGAUGAUAUUUAUUUUCAAGCACAUAAAGCAGUCCUUGCUGCCUGCAGCGCCUAUUUUAGGAUGUUUUUUAUGAACCAUCAAAACACUACAGCCCAGCUGAAUCUAAGCAACAUGAAGAUUAGCGCUGAAUGCUUUGAUCUUAUUUUACAGUUCAUGUAUUUAGGAAAAAUUAUGACAGCCCCUGCCAAUUUCGAGCAAUUUAAAGUGGCCAUGAACUAUUUACAGCUAUAUAAUGUACCGGAGUGUCUAGAAGAUAUACAGGACACAGACUCAAAUAGUUUAAAAUGUUCAUCUCCUGCUUCUAGCACGCAGACUAAUAAAAUGAUAUUUGGUGUGAGAAUGUAUGAAGAUGCACUUGCUAGAAAUGGCAGCGAAGCAAACAGGUGGGGCAUGGAGCCGCCAAGUUCAACGGUAAAUACAUCCCAUAACAAAGAGCCUGAGGAAGAACCUUUGCACCUCAACAGCUUCCCCGAGCAACUGUUUGAUGUCUGCAAAAAAACCACCACAUCCAAAUUCUCUCACACGAAAGAGCGCGUGUCGCACUCGCGCCGGUUUGGAAGGAGCUUCACCUGCGACAGCUGCGGGUUUAGUUUUAGCUGUGAAAAGCUACUGGAUGAGCACGUGUUAACAUGCACCAACAGGCAUUCCUACCAAAGUGCCAGGUACUACAGUGCUGAGAAAAUAGACUUUAGUGAAAAGAACUCUACUUCUAAAAUGAUCUCCACACAAACAGAAAAAUACAAGGGGGACUCGAACCAUGCUGCGGACGAUUCAUCGUCUCCGGUGUCAAACAUCACGAGCAGAAAAAGCAGCACGGUUGCCUCUGAGACAUCAGGUGAAGAAGGAAGUAGAGCCUCUGAGAGGAAGAGGAUUAUCAUCAAGGUGGAGCCGGAGGACAAUCCUACGGAUGAGCUGAAGGAUUUUAAUAUUAUCAAGGUGGCAGAUAAAGACUGCAAUGAGUCUUCUGACAAUGACGACCUGGACGAUGAACAGGAAGAGCCCCUUUACAGAUACUACGUUGAGGAAGAGAUGAGAGAGAAGAGAAAUGCUCGGAAGACUCUAAAGCCUCGUUUAUCCAUGGAUGAGGAUGAAAGAAAGUGUUUGAAAAGUCCACGGCACCUUAACAGCAAAGCUUCUUCAGUGCAGGAAGAUGUGGAGAAUGCUCCCUGUGAACUUUGUGGGCUAACAAUCACUGAGGAAGAUCUGUCCUCUCAUUAUUUAUCCAAACACAUAGAAAAUAUAUGUGCUUGUGGCAAGUGUGGUCAAAUACUGGUCAAAGGCAAGCAGCUACAGGAUCAUGCACAGACCUGUGGAGAACCCCAGGAUCUGACCAUGAACGGGAUCAGAAAUUCUGAGGAGAAAAUGGACUUGGAAGAAAACCCCGAGGAACAGUCAGAAAUAAGGGACAUGAUGUUUGCAGAGAUGCUAGAGGACUUCAGGGACAGUCACUUCCAAAUGAACAGCCUUCAAAAAAACCAGUUAUACAAGCAUUCUUCCUGUCCUUUCCGCUGCCCUAAUUGUGGCCAGCGUUUUGAUACUGAAAACCUAGUGGUUGAACAUAUGUCAAACUGCCUGGAGCAAGAUCUGUUCAAGAACUCCAUGUUGGAAGAGAACGAGAGGGAUCACAGGCGUAAGCAUUUCUGCAACCUUUGCGGGAAAGGAUUUUAUCAGCGUUGCCACUUGCGGGAACACUAUACCGUUCAUACCAAGGAAAAACAGUUUGUUUGUCAGACAUGUGGGAAGCAGUUCUUAAGAGAGCGCCAGUUGCGGCUCCACAAUGAUAUGCACAAAGGCAUGGCCAGGUAACCAUCCCACUACAUUGCGGGUGGUCACCAGAGGGACUUCUGCUUCUGACUCCCCAGAAAAUUAAAGAGAAAAGUAACAUAUUAUCCUUCUCUCCAUGGCAAAAAGCCCCAAAGACCGUGAAAGUUUGUGGAAAUGCAGAUAAGCUGGCUAAAAAUAGAGUUUGCUGAAUACCAUAAAUUACUUUUGGUUUUGGCAGCAGAUACACCAGACUUCUGGUAUCGGUUACGCUCCUCUUCCACAAGUCGUUGGUAGGGCUUUUAUUUAGGAUGCUAAAGAUGGUUCUCUGGUUUCUUCCCUGCCUGUGGGUUUCCUACUGGUACCUACUGGUAGAAUCCCAGCUUCCAAAUUACUGAGGUUCUGGUUUCUAGCCAUUGGUUAUUGAAUUACUUAGAACAAAUCAGAAACAUUUUAAGAGACAAAAUCUAAAGUAUCCCUCCUUUGGGAAAAGGAUAGAUACAGUAAUAUUUUAGGAAGAGGAAAUACAGGGUAGGAUCUCUUGGAACUGAUGAAGAAAUUGUCUUAGUAUGUCUCACAACCCAGGAGAGAGCUGAGAUGUCUGAGCUACAUUGUUAUCAGGUGAAUUAAAUAGAAGUUGUGUACACUUACAUAUGCUGUAAAAUAUGACACUUAAUACUCUGCGUGCCUGGAAGUCUGAGGGUUAGCCCCACCUAGUCUGCUUUCAGAUGGAUUGUGUUUCACUUAGAUCUUACUGGCCAUUGCUGACACGGUCAGUUCUGCCAGAAAAGACAGAGGUCCUGGUGUACAGUAACUUAAAAAACAGCAAAAUAAGUCAAGACACAAGAGAUUUUUACAGUAAUUGUUACGGUUCUUUCAGCUUUAGUUAGUUGUGCAAAGAGUUAAAUAGUUCAACGGCAGUUUCCUUUGGAGAAUGUUUAUUUGAUCAAGUUCAGUGUGGCUUAGACCCCAAAUAGAAAUACCAACUUCAAACAGAGCACUGCUAUGAGAGAAGGAAUAGUCUGUGGCCUUCCAGACCUCACAAGCUAUGUUGGUUUGUUACACAGAGUCAAAACAAAGAUGUCCCUUAGAACAGAUAUACAUUAACUCAGUGUAUUUCACAUGCCACAUCUUUUAUCUCCCAUCUACUUCUCUCCCUGGUCCUUUGGGCUGUGACAAGGUCACUGAGAUCCUGGAUGAAGUACAGUCUCCUCAGUGAAAAGCAUAUAUGGUGUGAUUGGACCAUCCAAGCUACUUAGAUUGUUAGAGAAUGUUAGAGGAGCUAUUGCUCCUGUUUACUAAGUCUGAAGUAGUACAUCCUUUGGAUUUUGGAACAGUGCUUAUCUUUGCUUCUUGGUUCCCUUUACAUUGCAGGAAGCAGGGUGAGGAAGAACCCAGUGGGUGCUUCUCUUAGAUGGAACCUGGAAGAUCUUGUUGGCUGAGGCGUGUUGUUGUUUUGUUUCUUCAGGUCCUUAGCUGGCUGAAUCUUCAGACUUCUAAUAAAUGCACUAAGCUUUGAAAAAGCAUUAUUAAUGCAUGAUGAGAUAGACCAAGUUCAGCCACUGAACAUAAGAGUGGAACCCAUGCAGAUGCUGUUAGCGCAGGAACCUGGUAUCGAGCCAAAUCUGGAGAGCUAUCUUUGAUCUGUCUCCAGAUCCUCCUUUUAUUUGUAAACAUCCAGCUAAUCACAGACUUCCUCUGACUUUGAUGAAGUGGAAGGAGCCGCAUCCUCUGUAAGCUCUGGGAAAGGCUGGAAUUCUGCAGAGGCUCGGGAUGCGGGGAUGGGGGUUCCAGCGCCAUCUCGUGGCUCGCUGGGAACGCGCCUGUCCCUAUUCCCAGGGCUGGAAUGCUCCAAUUCGCUGGGAGGAGGGCGAAGCAGAUCCUCCCGCGGCUGUGCAUCCCCAAACAGUUCUGUGCUUAGGGCAGCUGGGCGAUUUUAGUCUGCGAGGAGGGCACAGCGUUUUAUCUCUGACCUCCCUUCCUGCGGGCUACAGGCUCUCGGCAGUGCCGGCAGCUCCGUGUGUGCUGCACCCAGCCCACCGCAGUUGGCACUGAUUAGCAGUGUUUCUGCUGUCUCAUCGGAAAAAUGUGAAUUAAUAGUCACAGGCAGCCCACCUUCCCGCACUCAGAGGUGGUCCCACACAGCACAGCCGAUGUAUUUCAGGGAGGUGGUGGAAUGAAGCUCAGUCGUGUGUGAGAGUUGUCCACAAUUUGGAAAUGACAGAGAUUUUGGACUGCAAAGUGCAGGCCAGCAUGGUAAUGAACAGCAAUGGCAAACUGAUGUCACCUGGGGAAAAACAGUGCUCACGUGCAUAUUGUAGUUAGAACACCUUUUUCUCCUCCUUUGUUAGUUUACAAAAAAAAAAAAAAAAAAGUACUUCCUGACUUCUGAGGUAGUCGUGUAAGAGUUACUUUGCAAUAACAGCACUGGUCCACUGAAUUCCCCUUCAAGAUUUUAAGGAUGUGGUAGGCAGACAUAUGGCCUUGCUGCUAGAACCAGCAGUACUUCGAAGGUAGCAGUUUGUCCAAGACAUGUUUCCCCUAUUCACAUUGCCCUCAUGGCACAAAACAAAAGCCUUUUGUCCCAGCUGGCCUUUUUGCCCACCUUAAGUAUGUGACAUGGCACCGAGGGCAGAUAAAAUACCAGACAAGUGAGUGAGGGCCUGGCCACGGUGCACACCGAGGUGUGGAGCAUCACUUGAGGCUUUCCUCUCCAAGGUGUGCCAGGAAAUUCAGCCCUGAGCUGGCCUCGAGGUGCUUUGGCAGUAGUGAAAUAGGGACUUCUAAGCUUCUGAACAACUGAGAGAACCAGAUUUGGAGAAGACAUGAGGAAGAACUGGUCGGCAAAAGAUUUCAUAAAAACUCAGAACCUCGUGUGCCAGAUCUGAAUUGGCACCACCUUUGCUUUUUUGACAUACUGCAGCAGUCGCAAAAGGCACCAAAGCAGUCAAAUUAGAACAUGCAGUAAAAGUUGUUUUGGACUCUUCUAUGUAUCAUAAAUCUCACUUCCUUGUGACUAUUACUUGCAGCUGUAAGAAACAAAUUUGAAGUCUUUCAUGGAGCAGACAGCCAAAAGAGGCAGAUGCCAGGUGUUAAGGGCUGCAAUGAAAUGAAUUUGCAAAAUUUCUAUCCACAUGCUGGAGUGCUCCUUUUCUGAAAUGCGGCUUCUUAGAGUUGUGAAAAACUGUAGAUUUUUUAGUUCAAACAUUACAAGCGUAUACUCAUGCACAAUGCUAAACUAUCAAGUGUUAAAAAAGAAAAAAAAAAAAAAAGAGUAAGAGGUGAAAAAAAAUCUUAAAAACUGAGGACAGAGGGUCCCUAAGAAAGGACAGGAUGGUGAGAGAGAUCCAGCUCCAUGAUUUCCCCUGCUGCCAUGAUCAUCAUUUGCAAGCUGAAGAGGACCUUCCAUGGAGCACAGUGCUUGUAUGUGGAGAGUAAAGAAAUGGUGCUCUGUUCUUUUAAAAAGAAUGGUGAAAAUUUUUUACCGACAAGGAGAUGAGUAAAUGUAAAAUAAUCUUCACAGGGCACAGGGUGCAUCUUGUUCCGGAGCUAAGCCUUGCAAAAGCUGGCUCGAAGAAGAGAAUCAGACAUUCAUGUUCAUAUUUGAACAUUUUAGGAAUAGUAAUGUUUCCAGCUAAAUUAAUGGGGGGAGGGAAAAGCUCUAACUAAAAAAGUAAUAAGGCAGUAAAUGUUCCAAAUUAGGAAGCAUGAAUUAUAAAAGUAUCAAUUUCUUUUGCUUCCCUCAGACAACAGUGGAUCAAAUUAAAACAUGUAAGCAGACUAAACAUGCUGAUUAUAUUCUGCUGUAGUUACAUAUUUUACUAAUUCUACUCAUGAUUAUAAAAGGAUGUUUCAUUGUUCACUAUAACUGUUAUCUCAAGAAGAGUCUGUCUAUAAUUUUAUUUAUAAUUGGCAUCAUUUUCAUUACUGUUGUUACAAAGUGUGUACAAUAUUGUCUGUAUUGCAGCUUGUAUAGGGCAUGUGUCUGUGCUUGCUUUGCUCUUUUUGAGUUUAUAAAGUUACUAUACAAAUGCAAGAAAAGAUGUUCAGAUAUCUUUGAAUGUGGUUGCUUAAUUACGUAGCCCCCAAUGUUUCAGCAUCUAGAUGUUGAAGGUAUCAGCUCUAUUAACACAUAACACCUCCAACAUUAAUGUAGGUAUUUUAAAAGCCCCCAGAGCAGCACUGGAAUGCUGACACCUCAGUCCCAUUCACUAUAUGGAGUAAAGGGGAGGAUGGUGAAUAUCUGGGCAAAGCUAGAUACCACUGGGGACUCUGCAGGGAGGAGGCACAAGAUACCUAAGAGCAAAUGGGAUCUGCUUUCUAUAGUAAACAUGAAGGACCUUAAGAGCAGGACCACCACAAAGCAGAAGACAGAAGGGAAUACAUUUAUAGCAUCGCCUUCAACAGUAUGCAAAGUGUAGGACAUCUAGAACAGGCUGUGACUGUUCUGUAACUUAGCAAUUACUUCCAGUCUAUGUAGAGUAUCAGUAAAGACAUUCCAGGUUAGUUAUCAUCAUCUUUAAAGCUUAUUCUGUGCUUUGCGACAGUAUCUUUAAUAAAAUACUCUUACAAA